UUCACUAACAAGUCUGGGCAAAACAACUGCGUAAUACAAAUGUCUAUUGUCAGGUCCAAUAAUGAACAUUAUUUGACUACGCGUAAUUAUGAGUUAAAGAAUCAGUCUUAGUCUAGUAAUGCACUUUCACUUUUUACAAUGAAUUCAAAAACAACUCCAAGGGACGAUCCAUUAGAUGACGGGUGUGAUAUAAGCAAUUCACAACUCAUCAGGAUAUUUUCGGAGCGUCUCGCCCCUUCUGACCAACCUAGUCUGACUCCUCCUGCUGGUGCUGAUCAACACAGUCCGACACUGGGUGUGUGUGUGGUCAAUGAUGGCCAGUCCCUUGCCAAAAAGGAGGAGAGAAUCGAUGGCCAAAUUAAGAAACGGGGUCACAAGGUCGUGGCCCCGUUCGAGAGGCUGAGCAACAAUAGGAGCACUGUUACCCUGUCAGUCCCAGACCAGAGUCCAAUGGAGAGGUUCAGUAAGCAUCACCUGAAUGUUACUCAGCUGUGUGAGCAGUCAUGGUGUGAAAUUAAAGUGGUCUAUGGGUUCCUCAAGCCUCAUAUGAAGAGGAGAGAGAUGAGAAGGACUGCAGUGACGACAGGGGCCAGUAUUCAUCUUGCUAGAGAACUGGAGGCAAACCCAGAUGCUAUGACUGUGGUUGUUCAUACCAGAGAGGACAGGGAAGCCUUGAAACUCAUCAACCUGAUACAGAUGGUUCCAGCUCUGGAGGCAGGCCAGCUUGUACGGGAGUUUCCAGUGUUAGGUGUGCUGGAUGGGGUGUUUUUCCUGGGUGUGGUUGAUGAGCUGUAUUGUAGUAAGUCUGGGGAUCUGGUCCUGAGUGAACUGAAGACCCGCAGUCACAACUCCCUGCCGCAUCCUGCCCAGGCCAAGGGACACUCUCUACAGGUGGGUGUGUAUAAGCUGCUGUUUGACUCCAUGGUUCAUGGUUCUAUGAAGAGGGAUCAGCUCCUCCACUUCCUCAAGCUCCGGCCCCACCAGGCCUUUGGGUCAGAGCUCCAGAGGUAUGCCCAGAAAUUGGGCCUCCUGGCAGUCACCUUCGGAGAGCUUGUGGACCACCUGUUGGUUGUGCUACAUUUCUCUAACCUCCAGCCCAUUGACAAGCUAUGCCUGGAAUACAGACAUCAGAGCUCCGGAGUCCUCAUAGGAAACAGGGAGGUAGAGUUUGAGGAGACCCAGCUAAGGGCUGAGCUCAGGGACUACCUGGCCUUCUGGAGGGGGGAGAGGGAGCCCCAUGGAGUGGAUAUUGAGGAUAUAGAAGAGGCUUGGAAGUGUAGGAUGUGCCCCUAUGAGGAGAGCUGUGAAUGGAGGAGGAAUAGGUUGCAAGAGGUGAUGAUUGAUGGCAGUAAGAAAGCCAAAUUGGAUGGUUCUAAAUCCGAGACUCCCAAUUCAAGUCGGAGAGUCCCAAAUUGAAGUUUGUCAGGUCUGAGAAUCCAAAAUGGGAGAGUCCAAGGUUGGACAGUCCAACAGAUUUUAUGGGUUUACAAUAUUGUUGAAUAGCGGGGAGGGGCAUCCCAUUCUGGGUUCGAGUCCAGGCUCUGUCGCAGCCGGCCGUGACCAGGAGACCCAUGGGGCGGUGCACAAUUGGCCCAGCGUCGUCCGGGUUAGGGGAGGGUUUGGUCGGCAGGGAAAUCCUUGUCCCAUCGCGCACUAGCGACUCCUGUGGCUGGGCGGGCGCAGUGCACGCUGAACCGGGUUACCGAGAUCUACUGAGAUUUCCCGCCCAAACCCACUCCCUUUUCCCAGGAUAAAUAACUGAGAAACCGGUAAAUUAGAAUACAUUAUUUCAGUAUGACGUAAAAUGGAACUGUUAAAUUAUACAGUUGAAGUCGGAAGUUUACGUACACUUAGGUAGGAGUUGUUAACUCAUUUUUCAACCACUCCACAAAUUUCAUGUUAACAAACUAUAGUUUUGGCAAGUCUGU